AGAGCACCCGAGACGUAAACCUGGCAAACAUGGCGACCCUCCGAAGAGAGUACGGAGAUUGGAUAUACGACCGUUUUUAACCGAGAAAACAAACUCCUCCUCGCAUGUUACAAUGUGGUGGGGUUAGCCGCGACCACCGCACGUACAGCCUUUUAGACGAUGUUUGCAGAGGCCAGUCUGUCCAUCUGGGGAUGGGGGGGUCUUGGAGUCGUGCUAUUUCUCGUCACCUUUGGGCCCUUUGCCAUAUUCUACCUGGCCUUUUAUAUCUUCUGCUUCGUUGGAGGGGGCUUUGCGGUCACUCUGCUUUAUGGGAAGAUCAACUCAGAGAAACACCUGGAAAGAUGCGAGCAAUCUUAUCUACCCCCUACACAGAUUGGUAUAGUGAAGAUAUUGGAUGAGAUGAAGCAGGAGUCGAAGCCUAUCAGGAUUGACAGGAGACUGACUGGCUCCAGUUUUAUAGAUGAACCACUACAACAGGUGAUCCAGUUUGCUCUGAGGGAUUAUAUACAGUACUGGUACUAUACUCUGAGCGAGGAUGAGUCUUUCUUAUUGGAGAUCAGACAGACCCUGCAGAAUGCCCUUGUCCAGUUCUCCACACGGUCCAAAGAAGUGGACUGGCAGCCUUACUUCACCACACGCCUCGUGGACGACUUUGCCACCCAUUUACGUGUCUUUAGAAAAGCCCAGGAUCGUCUCGUUGACAGAGAGGACAAGCAGAGAGACAUCACGGAGGAGCUGGUGGACUCGUUUUUCGAAGCUGAGGUGGAGAUGGAGAGGAAGAUUUGUCGAGACGUAGUGUGCACUUCGCUUAAAGACGAGGAAGGUUUCCUUCGGGACUUGUGUGAGCUGCUUCUGUAUCUUUUACUACCUCCUGGAGAUUUCCACAACAAGAACAUGAGAUACUUCCUAAGGGAGGUGCUGGCUCGUGGUGUGCUGCUACCCCUCAUCAACCAGCUGAGCGACCCAGACUACAUCAACCAGUUUGUCAUCUGGAUGAUACGGGACGCAAGCUGUAACUAUGAAGCCUUCAUGAACAUCCUAAAGCUGACGGACAAACCCGCAGAGCUGGAGUCCGUCAAGGACAAGGUGGUGGAGGAGCUGCAGUAUCUGCGCUCCCUGGACACCGCUGGAGAUGACAUCAAUGUGAUCAAAAACCAGAUCAACAGUCUUCUGUUUGUGAAGAAGGUGUGCGAGACCAGGAUCCAGAGGCUGCAUUCUGGCAAGGAAGUGGAUGCCUUGAAAUUGGCGGUCAACUUUGGCAAGCUGUGUGUCAUCCCACUGGAUCACAUCCUCGUCCACAACAUAGCACUGCAGUUCUUCAUGGACUUCAUGCAGGCAGCGGGGGCGCAGGCCGAGCUGUUUUUCUGGCUCACCGUGGAAGGCUACAGGGUGACGGCACAGCAGCAGCUGGAGGCCAUGCACGGCUGGCAGAAAGACGGCAAGAAGCAGCCCAGAGCCACCAUGGAGCUGCUCAAGGCUGCUGCGCUGGGCGUCUUCGAACAGUACCUCUCCGACAAGGCGUCUCCCAGGGUGCAAGUGGACGAGGCCUCGGUGAUAAAGCUCGGGGAGAAACUGCAGAAAGAUGAUCCGACGCCAGAGAUAUUUGAUGAGAUCCAGAGAAAAGUGUAUGACAUGAUGCUACGUGACGAGCAUUACUACCCCUCGUUCAAGCAGAGCCCGCUCUACGUCCGAAUGCUGGCGGAGCUCGAUAUGUUAAAAGAGCCCAGUUACCGGGGAUCUGAUGACGGUGAUGGAGAAUCCUUUAAUGGCUCACCCACAGGAAGCAUAAAUCUAUCGUUGGACGACUUGUCCAACUCCUGCCAUGAUGAAACUAUGCACCUACAUGCCUUCAUCUCUGACACAGCUGACGCUUGUCUCCCCGGGUUCUCGGGUGCUGCAGGGGUUUGCAACGACCAUGGUAAGACCUACGCGCUGUACGCCAUCACUGUGUUCAGACGCAGCCAGGAUGGCAGUGAAGACUGCUGGAAGACUUACCGCCGCUACUCAGACUUCCACGACUUCCACAUGCGGAUCAUUGAACAGUUUGAGAACCUGGCAUCAAUCCUCAAGCUGCCAGGAAAAAAGACAUUCAACAACAUGGACAGGGACUUCCUAGAGAAGAGGAAAAAAGACCUCAAUGCUUACCUACAGUUGCUGCUGAACCCAGAGAUGGUGAAGGCCUGCCCCACUCUGAUUCCUUAUGUCUACGACUUUCUAGAAAACAAGGCGUACAACAAGGGCAAAGGAGAAUUUGCACGAAAGAUAGACACAUUUGUGAAUCCUUUGAGGAGCUCCAUGAGGAACGUGUCCAACGCAGUGAAAGCCCUUCCCGACAGUCUGGCUGAAGGUAUGACCAAGGUUUCUGACAACAUGGGUCGCAUGUCGGAGAGACUGGGCCAGGACAUCAAACAGUCCAUAUUGAAGGUGCCUCCACUCCUCCCCAAGUCUGAAAUAGACCCUGAACAUUGUCGAGUCUCCGCCCAGCUUGAUGACAAUGUGGACGAUAACAUCCCGUUGAGGGUCAUGCUGCUGCUCAUGGAUGAAGUGUUUGACUUAAAAGAGAAAAACCAGUGGCUGCGCAGGAACAUUAAGAACCUGCUGCAGCAGCUCAUCAGAGCCACAUAUGGAGACACUAUCAACAGGAAAAUUGUGGAUCAUGUGGACUACCUGACCUCACCUGAGCAGGUGGCAGACUAUGUCAAGAAGUUCAGGGAUUCUUACUGGCCCAACGGUAUACUGGCUGAGACGCCGCCGCGUCGGGACAAAAGCAUCCGCAUGAGGACAAGAGUUGCCGCCAAGACCAGCCUGCUGGGUAUCAUGCCAGAUGAGCUGAAGCACAUAAUUGGAGCAGACACUACGAGAAAGGGCAUCCUGCGCGUCUUUGACAUGUUCCAGUACCAGCCCAUGAACCGUCGGUUGGUCUACGUUUUCCUGGAAGGCUUCUUGGAGACAAUGUUCCCCCAGUACAAGUUCCCCGAGCUCUUUGUCAAGCUGCACUCCCGCUCACCGCGCAUCCACAGAUACAGCCAGAAACUCAAAUCCUCUUCACUCAAGAGGUGACAGGAAAGGACCGAGGCAACUGAAGCCAUGAGACACACACAGACUUGAGAGCUGAGCGCGAAGUGAACACUGAGGUGUGUGUGUGUGUGUGCGCACGUGUGAAAUUCUGCCCCACCACUUAGCUCACACACUCUAUGGUGAAAACACUCCUCUAUUAUUCACCUGAUGGUUUCUGUCAAAACAGAAGAGACGGAUGAACAACGGACACUGUCGUCCUCUUGCUCUGUGACACACACAUGCGCAAACACAAAGUCCCAAAUUUGCACCAAGACUGAACAUGGCAGUCUUUUCUUUUAGCUUCUAUAUUUUCUCUCUCUCUCUUUUUUUUUUGGACUCUUUUUAGUUGUGUUUAGCUUUAUCUUGGGCCAGUCAAUGCUGCUUUCAUGUGAUCCAGAGAGCAGAACACAGAUACUGUAUUGUUUUUAAACUGUAGGAGUCGAUAGCAUAGACCCACACCUUGCCUUACCUCCCUCUGCUUCUGUCUUUUGGCCAUCCCUGAACUGGCCCCUCCUUUAGCUGCAGUCCUGUUCUAAACCUUUGACCUGCGAAAACCUCCACACUAAAAAAACAUGCAACAAUAUUGUUAUCAAAGCAACUAAAUACGUCUAUAUCACUGGGUUGAGGAGGCACUGUUUUUAAAAUGUGACUGAACAAAAAUGGGUGGACAGAUGAAUUAUUAUUUUUUUUUAUCUUUAUUGUCAGCGUUUAGUUUUUGCCUCAAUGCUUCUCAUGAAUUUCCUUUUUCUUCCCCAAGUGUUGCAUCAUCUGUGCUGCCCACAAUCCUCAAAGAAUAGGCCACACCCCCUUUAAAUGCUACUGUCAUAACCUGUGAUGACCAAAGCUCAUGCUGUUCCCAUGUGUGUGUUUGUGUGUGUGUACUGGGCUUGAUGAUGGGAUAACUGUAAACGUUACUGUGCUUCAUAGUGAUAAUCAUGUGAAGAGAGGGGGAAAGCAAGUGAAGCUGUGGGAGGCUCAGCUCUGGCUGUCCGAGCGCACUAUCAUAGAAUGUACUCUCUGGUGUAGUCUGUACUUGGCUCGUGUGGAUUUCUGUGUGUGUGUGCCCCAUGAAUCGUCAUGGUAAACACACAAACCUUCUGCAGUCAGAGAGAGUGAGAGAACCAGCCUUAAAACUACACACAGUAUGUACUGACCAAGAGAUGCACCCUUCAGGUAGUUCUCCCUCAUAUGACUGAACGUUACAAGGAAAUCAUGCUAAGAGAUAUGGAGGCGUAUCCCUGAUCACUUUUAAUCGGAGAAAUUUAAUUUUGUGCAAUAUUUGUUUUUCUUUAAUGCAUGUGCAUUUUUGAAUAAUUGUAUACUGAAAAAAAAAAUCACAUUGUUUUAAUGGCAAAGAACACAAACAAAGUCACCCCCCCACCCCCCACCCACAAAUCUCAUCCCAACAACUUAACAUUCCGUUGUUGUAAAAGUACAAUAUUUAUUUUACAGACUUGUUUUAUAAGUCUGAUUGCUUGUUUGUUUGUGGGUGUGUGGGGAGUAUUUUCCACUUACGCCUCACCUUCCCCUUGUGCAGAAUCUGUUCUUGGGUAUGGAUUGAUGCAGUGUCUGGGUGGGGUUUUGUGUCACAGCGUUGUUUUUAACUCCUUGGGAUAAAGCUAGCUCAGAGGCGGCCUCAAAUAAUUGCCUCCACCUCACUCGUAGUUGGCGUGAUCACGCAUUCCAGAUUAUUGAGUGGUCAUGUUGUUAUGAAGUGACGGCUGGAGGGGACCGCUCCUCUCCUCCUGUCCAAUAGACUUGCAGGAGAGCUGCAUCCUGUGUCCCGACGGAAUCACUGCUUAAGAGCACUUACCGUAGCAACUGUGUCAGGGCCUCUCCCGUUGGCUGUUCAGAACUUUGUCUGCUGCAGUCACUGGACGGAACUGCCUCAUGUGCUGUGAUUUGCUUACACUGAGCAGCUGUGGUGGACUCUGGUGAGCCUCUCAUACUGGGAGGUGAAUAUUUUGUCCCUACAAUGGAGUUAUCACCUUUAACUUUCUGCACACCUGUCCAUACAGGAAGGCUUGUUUUGUUUUUUUUUGUAACCUCACUAUAUAUAUGAAUCUAUUAUAAAGAAAAGUGUGCAUAUCUGUGUACAGUAUGUGUUAAUAGUGUGCCUAAAUGUACUGUCAAUUCUAUUUUCAUAUUUUUCUUUAACCUGGAAAAAAAAAAACAAUCAGUCAGAAUGUCAUGAUCAUUUAACGCAACUGAAAAUGACUUUAGGGUGUGUUUUUUUUGCCUCAUGCUUAUCAAACUCUUCCCUGUGAGCAAUUAUGCUCAAAUCAGUAUAACACUAAUAAAAAGGUAACUCAGACUAACUGA